AUUGACAGACAAAAGACUGUGGAGUCUCUCCAGAACAGUAGCUACAACCACUUCUCAGCAAUCUAUUACCUGCUGCUAGAAAGAGUGAAGGAGCACCGAAACCAACAGCUGAGCCGCCAAUGCGGGGCCUGGAAUCAAAGGUCGAGGGCGGCAUCCGAUUCCUCCACCCCAGAGGUGAUCAUGGAGUCUUCCGAGAGCUUCAGAACCUCAGCCUUCCAUGUCGCCACCAAGGUGAACAAUCCUGUCCAUUCAGAGACAGAGUGUGAACAAGGAGGCCUGUUUCAGCGCGUGGUGUGCCCGGUGGAGGCCAGCCUGAAUGGGCUCCUGUGGAACCGAUCCAUCUCCCCCAAUAGCCUGCUGGAGACCACCAUAAGUGAGGAGGUGCGACCCCAUGACCUUGAAGAGGAAGAGGGCAUGCUGCAGGUCCAGCUGCCCCAUUUGCCUAGCACCACCUCCCGAAGGCACACACUUGCAGAGGUCUCUGCUCGAUUCCACAAGUGCAAUCCACCCUGUAUUGUGGUGAGCCCCUCGGAUGGUGCUUCUUCUGACAGCUGUCUAAAGUCCUCCUUGAACCCAAAACCGGUUCUCUCCACGGCUGUAGGGGAUCUUUCAUCACUGAUUGCCUCCAAUACUUGCCCAGAGGCAUUAGCUCCUGCUGGGACACCCCUCACUCUUUCCUCCAACCUCCUCUUGCAGAACCAAGGCAGUAUGCUUGCAGCCAGCUUCCAAGAGGGGCGUAGGGCUUCAGAUACCUCUCUAACGCAGGGGCUGAAGGCAUUCAGACAGCAGCUGAGGAAAAACACUCGUGCGAAAGGUCUGCUGGGGUUGAACAAGAUCAAAGGUCUGGCACGACAGGUGUGCCCUCCAACCUCAUGCUCCAGAGGCAGCCGGGGGUCUCUCGGCCCAACUAUGUGCUCUCCCUCAAGCCUCCAGAGCUCCAGCGGCCCCCGAGAGCGUCGCAGCAUGCUGGAGGAAGUUCUGCACCAGCAAAGGAUGCUGCAGAUCCAGCACCAGCCUCAGCCCCAAGUCCAGUCUCAGCAGCCUGUGCUCUUCCUCUCACAGUCUCACCCCUCAUCUCCUCCCUCCAACAAUCUCUUUGCCCCCGCUGCCCUCUUUUCCAACCCUCCGACACAGCCAAUCCUCCCUCCAUGCCAGCAGACUCCCAUUGCCUUCCAGCACAACCUGUGGCAGCAGUCUCUGGACUCCUCUUCUUCGUCCUUGUCCCCAGUUGCAUCUGCUGCCCAUCUUCUGGAGGCUCGUCUGCACAUCAGCCAGCGGCCGCAUCUGCACCCUCAGUCCCCACAGCACCUGCAACUCCAGCCCUCCAUCCUGUCCCAGGGGCCUUUCUCCCUCUUGCCUCAGCAGGGCAGUUGGAGCCUGAGCACCAGCAUCGAGCCUGAACCUGAUGUCCAGGAGCUGGUCUGUGCUGGUCAAAAGCAGCAACUCAGCAGCUGUGUCAUGGUCAAGUAAAGAAGACUUUGAAGAAGUUCUUAGGGUGAUGCUGACUGCUUCCACCACUCUUACUCCAGAGUGCGCCAAUGGUGUCGAGCGUCAGAACUCGGAAGCAUCUCAUCAUAACGAUGCUCUCUAUAGUUUUUUAAUGCAGAGGAGAGACUCUCUCUGGACACAAAAUUCCACGAUUGUGUCUACAUGUGUUGGAAUUACCAGAGAACAUAAGAAGAAGCAAUAAGCAACCUCUUCAUUGAGCCCAUGACCCUUGCCAGGUGCUCCUGUCCACACAGCAAUAAAGGAUGGGUCGCUGAACAAGGAACUGAAUAGUGUGAGUUUUCAUCUAUUUGCGAGUGGGUCUACUCAUACAUAGAACUGGCCUCCACAAUCGCGAAUGAUUAUGUCAGAGACACUUGUUUAUCCUUAAUACAAGUAUGAAAAUAGGAUGGCGAUGUCUUCCUUAUAGAUUUUUCCAAUGAUUUCCUUUCAGCUCUUGAGCUUUCUCCAGAGAAGACCAAAGUUGAUUGCUUUUUUUUGCAUCUUUGAUUUCUUUCCUAGAAGUUCUUGAAACAAAAUGCAGUAUCUGACUUAUCCAUACUUCCAAAACUAAGAAAAGAAUACUGUCAUUUCACCUGUUAUGUGAAAAUGUGCGCCACACUAUGCCUCCAAUGAACGAAGAGGCGCCUUAGCAUGAGGGGAACGUCAAGGCAAAUGAGAGUAAGCUAGAUAUAAGCACAAGAGGUACUGCAUAGUGUUUAUUAGACCAAGUCUUUGGGUUUUCGCUGUCUGUGACAAUGACUUUAAUGCUGCUUCAUGUUUAGUCACAUGUAUACAAAGACACUAGACAAGUAUACAAAUGUGCACCUACCAAUGACUUUGUGAUGACAUUGUUCGGAAAAGACGUUCAGUUUUGAUCCCUCAAAACUCCUCUUCCAUCAGUUCACUACCUCCUUCAUAACUGAUCUUUCACCUCAAAAGGCUGUAUCUCAACACACACUGUAUCAGAAUAAGUUAGGCCCAUUACAAUGUCUUGAACCCAUAACCCUCAACGGUUGAAAUAAGAUUUUUUAAUCUUUUUUUUUUUUAAACAGUGAACAAAGAAUAUGAGUAUAGUGCAAUAUUUCACAUUGAAAUGUAGAACCAGGAGAGGAAGCUGUUGUAGAAAAGCAAAAGGUACUUCAUGCCUGAUAAUGCUAUUUUAUUCUUUCUUUUGUAGAGCAUGUUUUUUUUUGUAAUGAUUGUAUGUACAAGGUGAUUUUACUGAUGUGUUCUGCAUGAGCAUAGGAAAUAAGAGUCUGGCUAUUUUGUACAGCUUGUUGACACAGGUUGCCUUUGCAUCCAGGCUGAUUUGUAGAAUGGCAGAACUAGAAAAAUUACAGGAAAAGCCAAAGAGAGAGCGCAGGGAAGAUCAAGAGAAACAUAAAUAUUGCUACAGAUGUCACGGUGGUGAAAAGCUCUCCUUUUAUUAAAGUGUAGCAUGUUUAAAUCUCCCAAAAGCAGUCGUACUGCUCAGAUGUAAAAAGUAGCUGCCUCCUCUAGUUCACAAAUAUUUGAUAAGCAAUUGUUUUAGGUUCUCCCUUUCUCAGAAAGGCCAUGCAUUUACAUACUCGUAUAAUUUUUCUUGAUUAAAAUGCACACACAGAUGCAGACACACACAGCUGAAGUAGCAAUAGUUGAAUUUUAUAUAUUUUUUAUUUUUAGCUUACAAUCUAGGUGCUAGAAGUAGAUUUCAGAAGUGUUUCUGGGUUUGUGUGCAAUUUAUAUGAAAUAAUAGUGUGUUACCAUUGUUGAAGCUCCAUUUGCUUGAAGCACUGUUUUUAUAGCUAUAAAUGAUCCUGUUGCAUGUCCGUCUUUUGUGAAUUCAACAUAUUUGUGCAAUGGUUUUUAGUAGAUUAGAAAAAAGAUCUGUACUGUGUUUCCAGAUUGGGUCAUAAAACGACAGUGUUUGAAACCAGUGCAGGUAAAGAUGUGUUGAAGGUAAAGCUGUUGAAGGUGACGUAAGAAACAGUGUUAACACCCCUUUCCUUUUUCACCCACCACCAAUCUUGUGCCUUUGUCUGAACAAAUCCAGUGGUGGUGAUUUUUUUUUUUUUUAAACAUUUGAUUUUAGGAUGUCAGAAAGCUGCAGAAUUUGUAUCUUACGCUUUUUGUUAGUUCAAACACCCCAUUUUAUACUUUCAUUUCAUUUGCUGUUUGACAAUUAUGCACUUUAUGAUGACAGUUGCUUUUGAAAAUAGUGUUUGUUUCCACUGCAGGAAUAGACGAGUCUGUAGUUACUUUUGAAGCACUAUGUUUUGAUGCUGAACUGUUCUGUUCUAAUUAUUUUUUUUUUUUACAUUUUGGUUAUACUUCCCUGAUGUGCUUGCUUGCUGUAUGUGUAAUUGUACAUGGCUGUGUGAAAGUAUAUGAGAGAUGGAGUUUUAUUUAUGUGGCUAUUUAUUUGAAUAAAAAAUCAACUCUUGAAAUUUA